AUGGUAAAAUCACUAAUGAUAUCAACAUCAAGUUAUAUUUUUCCAUUAAAAAAAGCAAUUCACAACGUUCAAUAUUCAUUUGUUCGAUAUUCUCGUCCGUUUAAAAAGAAAUGGGGUUUUUCUACUCAUCAUGGUUCUCAUUCAAAUGAAAUAGCUUUAGAAUAUUUUGAUUUUGCUUAUCCACUUAUAUUUCAUCGUCAUUGGCCAUCAAUUCGUCUAGCUCUUCUAUCAACACCAAAACCUAUUGCAUUAAUUAAUCCCUAUUCAGUUAAUGAAAAUGUGAAAGAAAAUUUAAAAGUAAAUGGUGCUCUUGAUAUGUUACGUUUCUCGAAUGAAAAAUUAAUUAAUGAACAUCAUCAAAUACAAUUAAAAAUCGCUGAAAAUGAUCAGGAAUAUAAAAAAAGAAAAAUGUUAGAACAACAGAAAUUAUUAGAAAAUAGUGAAAAUGAAAAUGUUAUAAUAGAAGACGAAAAAGAGACAAUUAAACAACAAAAUCAAAUAAAACAAACAGAUAUUGAUUUUGAAGAAGAUCUUCUUCAAUUUAACCAACCUGAACCAGCAUUAAGAUUAGAUGAAAUAUAUAAUCAAGCACUAGAAGAACAAAUGAAAAUUAAUAUAAAAGGAAAUGUUGUUCCGAUUAUUGAAAAUGACAAAGAAAUUUUGAUUCCACCAAGUUUACAUGCAUAUGCGUAUCCUCGAAGUGAUGUAACAAAAUUUGAACCGUCAAAGAUAGAUCAGUUAGGUUUAUUGGAUUAUUACUGUAUGGAUGGUGCAUGUGUACUUCCAGUAUUAGCACUUGAUGUACAACCAUUUCAAAAUGUUUUGGAUAUUUGUGCUGCACCUGGAGGAAAAGCAUUAAACAUAUUUUUUUUUUGUCCAUAUCUCAAUUUAACAUGUAAUGAUUUAUCAUAUUCACGUUGGAAACGUUUACAUGAAGUAUUUAAAUUGACAUUACCAAAAGAUGUAUUAGAAAAAGUCAAGUUUUCGAAACGAGAUGCUCGAGCAUUUGGCACUGAUUUACCAAAUACAUUUGAUCGAGUUUUAGUCGACGUUCCAUGUACAACGGAUCGACAUGCACUUUUAACGGAAUUCAAUAUAUUUUCAAAGAGACGAAUUAAAGAACGUGUUGAUCUUCCAGAAUAUCAACGAGCAAUAUUAGAAUCGGCAAUCAAAACAUGUAAACCCGGUGGUGUUAUCGUCUAUUCAACGUGUUCACUAGCUCCAGCACAAAAUGAUGGUGUAGUAGAACGUGCGAUUGAAAAUGUUUAUGCUAAAAAACGUAUUAAAUGUCAAAUAAUUUCAACAAAAAAUAUCGAAAAACGUUAUUCAUAUUUUUUUGAAUUUUAUCAACAUUCACGUUACGGUACACUAGUAUUACCACAUAUUUCAAAUAAUUUUGGACCACUAUAUUUUGUUAAAAUUAGACGAAUUAGUUAA